AAGACAAAUUUUGUCCUUGACCUUACAUCUUUGGGAAUUUUCGUAAUUUUGCUCUAAAAUACCUACUUGCUGCUUUUAAACUAAUUUCUAAUUUAUUGGAUUACAUAUCCAUUCCUUAUAAUUCUUUCAACUUGUUGUUUCCUCAGGAGCUCAAAAGUAAGUCCGAUUGCCGUUAAUCAUCGCCAAUAAUGGCAGAUAAAGGGGAAGAAGAUGAACUUCAACUACCUAGAGCUGCACUGAACAAAAUGAUAAAAGAAUUGGCCCCAAAUAUUAGAGUUGCAAAUGAUGCUAGAGAACUAAUAGCCCAAUGCUGUACCGAAUUUAUUCAUCUUUUAGCUUCCGAAGCAAACGAUAUAUGCGCUAAACAACAAAAGAAAACAAUCAACCCAGAGCAUGUUUUAAAAGCUUUGGAAUCUCUGGGUUUUUCAGAAUAUAUAGACGAAGCCCAAGCAGUUUUUGAAGAAUCUAAGGCUACACAAGCGCAACGAAAGCGAAUGGCAACAAAAUUGGCUGAUUUAGGCAUACCAGAAGAGGAAUUACUCAGGAAACAACAAGCAUUGUUUGCUCAAGCUAAGGAAUCCUUGGCAAAAUUUGAACAACAAGAAUGGGAACGUGUUCAAACAGUCGUUUCUCAACAACUCACCGAAACUAACAAUGAAGAUGAAGAUGAUUAUAGUUAAUACAACUGCAUUGAUAUUUUCCAAUAAAAAAAGCUCUGCUUAAAGUAUCUUCUGUUUUUUUUUUCUACUUGGAAAUGCAUUAACAUAGUUAUUAUUCAUGUUUUCUUCUUUUUAUUUUCUAAUAAAAAAAGCAAGUUGUUUUUUUCGUUUU